CUUGCUUGCCCGCAGUUGCUCCCUCCGUCCUUCGCUCGCUGGCGCACCCCCUCCCACACCAGGGAGUAGUUUUGGGUGGCGCGGGCUCCGUCCUCUUCUUGGCUGGUGGGAACCGUGUGCCCAAAAGAGGAAGUCUGGUGUGCCUGGCCCCUCCCAGCCCAGCGCCGAUGAGUGCCAGGGAGCCCAAGGAGCUGAGGCUGGCGCUGCCGCCGUGUCUCCUCAACCGGACCUUUGCUUCCCCCAACGCCAGCGGCACGGGCAACGCGAGCGCCCGUGGCCCGGGCGCAGGUGGCGGCGGCGGCACAUGCAUCACGCAGGUGGGACAGCAGCUCUUCCAUUCGUUCUCCUCUACGCUGGUGCUGAUUGUCUUGGUCACCCUCAUCUUCUGCCUCAUCGUGCUGUCCCUCUCCACCUUCCACAUCCACAAGCGUAGGAUGAAGAAACGGAAGAUGCAGAGGGCUCAGGAGGAAUAUGAACGGGAUCACUGCAGCGGCCACCGCGGCGGCAGGGGGCUUCCCCAACCCGAGGGCGGCCAGGCCCCAAACCAAGCAAAAGAAACCCGGCUGGAGAAGCAGGGCCGGGACUCUGCCUUCUGCGCCUCAUCCAACGCCUCUUCUUCCCCUGGCCUCCCGUGCCAGGGUCCCUGUGCUGCUCCGCCUCCACCACCGGCCCCCAGUCCGCAAGGAGCGCACAGAGCCUCCUCCUGUUUGGACCCAGCUGGCGAGGGCCUUUUGCAAACGGUGGUACUGUCCUGAUUGUCUAGCCCCUCUCCUCUUCCCUUCCUCGUUUCCAGCAUCUUUGCCGUCCUUGCUUUUUUUUUUCCCUCCGGCCUUCCUCUUCCACUUUCCUGUGGCCUCCAUUUCCUCUUCCUUCUUUCCUUAUUUGUCUUUCCCCCUACUCUUUUUCUCCUCCGCCGAGGCACUGUGCGGUAUUUGUAAAUAUUGGGCGAGGAAAGUCUCGGAAGAAGAAAUAACGCAGAUAAUAAUACUUUAUUAUUAAUAUUUAUAGUAAUUAUUAUAAUAUUAAUAACACGAUCCAAGCGCAUGACAAAUCACAUAAGUUCUCAUUGUCAGUGAAGGAUGCGUCUUCCCUCUCCACCCUGCGCCCCCCACAAUACGGAGGAGAGACCGCACAAGCUACCAAACGUGUAAAAGGCAUUGACCCCCUGAACAAAGGGAGUGGAGGGGGCCUGGUAUGUUGUACAUAGCUGUCAAGUUAAGGUUCAGUUACCUUUCAUCCCCUUCACCCCCACUUUUCCUUCAGAUUCCCUCCCUUCCCCAUUCCUACGUUCAGCCGGACUCAGGCAAUAGUAUAUUAUAAAGAAAACGUAAACAUUAAGCACCAGGACUACAAAAGGCCAGAGACUGUCCCAGAAAAACGUUUAUGAGAGGUACCGCUCUCCAGUCAGCCCUCUUCUCACCUUUAGUUAACCAUUCUCUUUUCGAGGACCAGGCAUUUUAAUUUACUUUUAGAAAAGUCCCUCACUGGCCUAGCAUAAGUUCAUUAAAAAUCUAUAAAUGAGUUUUAAGAAGAAAGAAAGAAAAAGAAAGAAAGAAAAGAAAGAAAGAAAGAAAGAAAGAAAGAAAG